CGCGCUCAAAUUCAAAUUCGUAACGGCGCCAAAAAGCUUUGCGACUGCUGAGAGAGCAUCAAAAGCUUUUAUGCUUUGACUUUGACCGCGCACACAAAUAACCAAAACGAGAACAAGGAACAACACACACGCCGAGUGAGAGAGAGUGCCGCAGAGCGAAACGAGCCGCUCAACUGAAAUGAGCGCGGCGGAGGGUGGCUCAGAAAAUGACAGACGCGACAGCAUUGCGAGCAGCUCGAUUGCCAGCAACAAUGCCGUCGCCGUUGCACCGCCGCGACGCAGCUUCGGCCAGUGGCUGUUGCACUGCAUCACCUCCAUUUCCGUGGAGCCGACCAUGUUCCUGUACAUGUUCGCCUUCAUGAUCACCUCGGUGGUGGAGCAGAAUUUCUUUCUGCAAAAGGCCUGCAGUGUGAACAACAAUUUCAGCGCCGAGAUCUGUGCUAAUAUCAAUAAGCCGGAGUACGAGCCGUACAAGAAACAAGUGCUGGACACUACCGCCUGGUUCCAUCAAUGGGAGGACAUCUCGGCGCAUGUUUUUCCCAUUAUUAUAGCAUUGUUUCUGGGCUCCUUUUCGGAUCGGCGCGGUCGCAAGCUGCCCCUCCUGAUGGGUCUAGUGGGUAAGUUAAUCUACUCGAGCAUGAUUGUGGUGAAUGCCAAGAUGCCGACCUGGCCCGUGGAGUACAUAAUCUAUACGGCAACGCUGCCGUCGGCGGUAACGGGUGCCGAUGUGGCCAUAUUUGCCUCCUGCUUUGCCUAUAUAUCGGAUAUAACAACGCUGCAACAGCGCACCAUUAGGGUGACCAUAUUGGAUGCGAUCUACCUGACCGCAAUGCCAACGGGUGUGGCAUUGGGCUCCUUUCUGUUUUACAAUGUGUUCAAUCAGUCCUAUGCGGACAUGUUUGCGGUAAAUGCAGCCCUGCUGCUGCUGGCCAUCAUCUACACGCUGUUGGUCCUGAAGUGGCAAACGACGCCCAAUCAGCGAUCGCUGCGCGAGCUGGGCUGCUGCGGCUUUUGGGGCGAUUUUUUUGACAGGCAGCACAUCAAGGAUUCGCUGGGCGUGCUGAUGAAGCCGAGACGUGGCCACAGGCGCAGCUUUCUGUUUAUUUUGCUCGCCAGCAUGGCGCUGUACACGUUCCAGCGGGACGAGGGCAACUAUUUGUAUUUGUAUACGUUCGACAAGUUCAACUGGCAGGUCAGCACCUAUAGCACCUUCAAGACCUUCAAGUCGACGGCCUUUGUGAUUGCCAUGCUGCUGGCGGUGCCGCUGAUGAACAAGCUGCUCGGCUGGCGGGAUACGACCAUCAUCUUUAUUGGCACCUGGGCGCAUGCGAUUGCCCGUUUGUUUUACUAUUUUGCGCCGAAUCCCACGCUGUUCUAUGCUGGCGCCGUGGUCUGCAGCUUGGGUCCCAUUGUCGGGCCUAUGAUCCGCUCGAUGACCUCCAAGAUUGUGCCGCAAUCGGAGCGCGGCAAGGUCUUUGCCCUGCUCUCCGUUUGCGACAAUGCGGUGCCAUUCAUUAGCGGCGUUUGCUACUCCCAAAUCUAUCGAGCCACGCUCAACACGAAUCAUGGAGGCGGCGUCUAUCUCCUGACCAUUGGCACCCAGCUAGCCGUCUUUCUGAUGAUACUCUGCAUACACAUUGUGCUGGGCCGGAGCUCACUGGCGGUGCCCGAGGUGCCCGAGAAGGAGAGCGGACUGAUCAGCAACGAGGAUGUUCAGGACCGGACAAACAAAGCGGACCAGGAGGCGCAUUGAAGACGCCCGCAAUUAUUUGCAUUCUUUUUUUUUAUCAAGCCAAUAAAGACAAAAGAUUUG